CGGCAUUUUCAGAAGAAAUAAUGAUGUACAAAUUGCUGAUUGACGGAGAAGGACAAGGGGAUGACAGGAAAUUCGCCACGUUCCUCAGACAGUGCAAAAGCUGGAUUGAUUCAAAUGACACGUCCCCGGAAUUCAACGAUCGGAUGUACGACUUGCUGAUGCGUCAAUUCGAUCCCAUGAACAUGGUUUUCUUGAAAACCGACGCUGCUGUUGAAAUGAACAAGCAGGAGAAAAGGAUGUAUGAGGAAGAGGCCGAAGCUUUGAAGGCGAAAAUCGAAGCCGCGGAAGCGGAUAUUUUAGUUGCACGAGAAGAAUUGGAAGAAGCGAAGAAGCAGCGAGAAAGGAAAUCGGAAUACGACGCAUUGGCCAGAAUUAUUUUCACUCUUCCCGAUCGCGAAGUCACUCGGAAGGAGCUGCAAACUUCAGAAGCCAGUGUGCAACGACUCAAGAAAGUGAAAGCGGAAUAUCAACUGAUGCUGUCUGAGAGGGAAGUUCUCAGCCGUGAUCUCAUGUUUGCCGCCUGCCAACUCAAACGUUGCUUGAAAGACAAACCAAACACAGUCCAGUUAUCCCAUGUGGACCCGGACGUGGAAAUGUCUUCUGUGUGAUUUAUAUUUUUCGUAUCUCCGGUGUGUCUAUUUGGUGAAAAAGAAAAAAUUACUGUACUAAAAACGCUUGAAAAUCU